GUUAAAAUAUGACUGAAUACAGGAAAUACUUAAACAGGUAUAUUUAAAAAUAUUUUUCAAUUCUAAUGUAACAGGAACAAGUUUCAUUUGUGCUGGGGCGUAAUGUGGAUACAAUAUCACCAAUUGUUUACACGUAAAAUGACUCCAUUUUCACUAAAUUAAGUUAAUGACUCCACAUAAAACACUAAUUUUAGUUAUGAAAUUGUGGAAAACAAUACGGUGGAAAAUUCCCUUUGUCAUACUAUUAUGGAUUUUAAUUAAUUAUUCAAGAAAUCAGUCAAGACUGCGCACCAAUAUUUCACCCAGCCGGGUGAUCAGAACAUACAAUGGACGAGAUAUAUCAACGGAGUUUGAACAUUUUUAUCAGAACGUAUCAACCGAUAAACUGAUGGACCCUCUCAUUCACAAACAUCAAUAUAGUUUGUUACUUGAUUCCGAUUCAAAGUGUAAAGAAAAUCAUAUAUUCUUGCUUGUUCUUAUUUAUUCAGCUAUAUACAAAUUCGACGAACGUCAGGUUAUAAGGAAUACAUUUGGAUCUAUUGAAGAAUUUGACAAUACACAUAUUGAAUAUGUUUUUGUGCUUGGGGAAACCGUGAAUGAUACUCAGCAGAUGGACAUUGAAGAGGAAAGUGUCAAAUACAGAGACCUUAUUCAAGGAAAUUUUAUAGACAGCUACAGAAAUUUAACAUAUAAACGAGUAUUUAGCUUGUUCUGGGUGAAUAGAUUUUGCAACAAUGUGACUUAUGUCAUUAAAAUUGACGAUGAUAUCACCAUCAACAUUCCAUUUCUAAUUCCUUAUCUUAGCAAUAAACUAAACAAAACCAAGGUUUUAGAAUGUUUUCUUCUUAUAGGAGCUUUGCCAUAUCGUAAUCCGCGUGAUAAAUGGCAUAUGUCUUCGUUGGAUUACCCCUUUGCGACGUUUCCUCCUUAUUGUGCAGGGCCUUCCUCAAUUAUGUCCACUGACGUUAUAAGUGAAAUGUAUGAAGCGACAAAAAUUGUGCCUUUUUGUUGGCUUGAAGAUGUCUACGGUGGUGGAUUUUUACCCUGGAUUUCAGAUACAGAAAUAGUUCAUCCGAAAUGUUACAUAAAAGAUUUGCGAGCUAGUCUUAAUGACAAACCAUGCCAUUUGUUUUACAUAAAUAAUUCAAAGAAUACAAGUAAUUCAUAUUCUAUGUGGAAAACUAUAGAAAAAUAUACACAACAACAUUUGUGUAAAUGUUAGUAAGAAAGUGUAAAUUUGGAUUACAAUUAAAUAAUCUAAAACAUUUCUGAAUACUAACAUACUAACCAUCCACGAUUCGAAGGAUUUAGUGUUUACCAUCUUAGCUAUUUUAAAGAUCAAAUAAAAUUUCAUCCUGUCCAUAAUGAUAUUUUGAUAUUGCUCAAGGCCAUGCUGUUCUCUUACUGGUUAAGAUGUCUUUACACUAAAUCCGUUGAAUGUGUACAGAUAAACAUUAUUCAUUUCAUAUCAUAUAUAUGACAGUUGUUUUUUUUUUGUAAGGUUUUGUGGACUUCCCCUUUUUGAAUUUACCAAGGAUUUUGAUAUUUUAACGUGUGUUAUGAAACUGGCUUUGAACUAUAAUAGGUAGACUCAACCUGUUUACAACAAAAAAAAUGAUCAACUAUACAUAUGUAAAAAUGAAUAUUUUACCUGAAUAUAUAUUUUAUAAAAAUCAUAUUUUUCUGUUCUUUAGGGGCCUCUGAAUUCAGCUUGCAAGAUAAUAUGAAAAUAUUGAAUUCAAAGUUAUAAUCUAUUUUAUUGUUCGUAAAAAGAAACUCGUUCUUUUAAUCAAUUAUACAUUUAAUGAUUUAUAAAGCAAAUUUGAUGUCAUAUAAAGCCAUCGUACGACAACUUAAUACUGUUAUGGGUUUGUCAUAAAACCAUUUACAUUUAAAAAGUAUAAUUUUUUAUUCGUGUUCUAUUGUUACCUGCGUUAACGAAACAAGUUAUUCACUUGUUCAAUUUGCAUUUACAAAAAAUAAAUACAUAUCUGAUAAUGAUAUGAAUCCAAAGCUAAAUGAUUCACACUUAAUUGUUCAUAGUAAAAUAAGUCACGCCAACCUAUCAAAAUGAAUCGUGGUCGUUGCUUAGCAUGGGUCGUAGACUUGUCAUACAUAUGUAGCCAGGUAAAAUUUUUAAUUUUCGUGCGAUUUUUGUUUUCGUCAACCCCCUGAGCUGCUGAGGAAUUCAUGCCUAUAUAUUGGUGAGUUUCGGCAGCUUCUCUUGGCCAUUCAGAUAUGCUCGGAAACAAGUUUCCCGAAACGUCUCGAAAAUUUUCGAUCAUUUAUACAGGUAGUUAUCUAUGUCUUUGAUACGGUCCCUCCAUGCCAGGCUACUACGUGACAUUGCAUAUUCAAUCAAACUUCAUUUCAAGAUAGAAAAGUAGACUACAGCAAAACAAAACUAUAAAUAAAUUCCAACCAUAUUCGGCUUUUGACAGAACAUAGGCGUUUUGAUUUGAAUGACAGUUUUUUGUGUAUAAUGAUAAUGUUAUUAGAUAUGUUUUAGACGUUCCCUGAAUGCGUACGUAGUACGAGUGCUAGUGUGGAUUGUCACAAUUAACUGAUUAUUUAUGAACGUUUACCGCGUGUAAUUGUGUAUGUUCAUCAUAGCGUGAGGUCGGAAAUCAAGAAGAUGAUUAACAAAACCAUGUCUCGCUCAAAAAUAUUUAAUUUCAUUAACAGAUACUAAUCGAAGUAAAAGUAAAAUCCAAGGGAAUAUUCAUCAAAACUAUUAAGUUUUAACUGAAACUAGAUUUAUCAUAAUGAAAUAUAAUGAAUAAUUAUAGAUUAUGUCCUACAGAUUUUAACAGUGAAUACAUUUAUGAAACUUAUGAGCAUCAAUUUUCAGAGAUGCAUAUACAUGAAUUAGUAUUUAAAUUCUAAACGGCAGUGAAUGAAAAAGAUAGUUGCAUUGUUUCAAGACACAAGGAUUUUAUAUCCUUGUAUCUCACAAAAAAAACGUAAUUAGUGUUUAACAAUACUCGUUUAAACACUUCGUUAAUUAAUGAAUACCGUUUCAGUAUGGUUUUAUUAGUCUCUUCUGGUAUUUUGUAUUUGAAUAUAUUAAAAAAAUGGAAUAAAUACUUGACAUUUGUGUUUAUUGAUGGUAUAUUUUGAAUUUUCGUAAAUGUUAUAUGUUAAUUGAAUUCAACCCUUUUUUGUUUUUAACAAUUUAACCUCAUAGCAUUAAAAUCUUUGCAACAUGGUUCGAAUAUAAAAAUUGUAUGCAUUGAUUUACUUCAAACGAAAUCGUUGAUAUUAACAUAUUAAAAACAAGUAAGAGUAAAUAGCAAAUUGCGUGCUGAGAUUUAUAUUGUGAUUGGUCUGUUGAAUUUACUUUAGACAUCCGCUUUGCCGAAACUGGAAAUUGCAAUGAGCCUAGGACUUAAUAAAUAAUUAACCGAGAAGAAAAAAUGAUGUACACUCCCAAGUUAAAAAUAAAAUAAUCAAUUUUUUCAAGAAUCUACACACAAUUACAUAUAGGUUAAAUGAAAGUGUGUUAACACAUCAUUAAUUUAUUGACAAUCAAUUAUUUCAAAUCAAAAGCCCAAAAAAUCACUAAUAAAAUUUUGGUGACCAUUCAACGGUCUCGUGUUCACGUAUUGCGUUUCUUUUUUUUAAAGAAAGCAACUUGUUUUACUUUUUUUAAAUUUUAGCAAUCCGGAAAACUUUCGUCAUUCUGAAAAUCGUUCCGCUAAUGACAAAAAUGACGACCGCUGGCAAAAUAACUAAGCAAAGACUCUUUGACAUUGAAUAAUUUAUAUUAAUGGCAGAUACAUUGUUGUUUCUGUUGACGUAUGGUACAUACACGUAUUUGUUAUUUUGUUUGAGACCGUUAGUUAACCUGAAGAUGUCAUUUAAUGUUUUGUGACGUUUGAUGGCUGGCAUCUUGACGAAAACAAUAUAUAGCACAAAGUACAUAAGCAAAAAUGAAAGUCAAGAAUACAAAACUGACCAUAGUACAAUAACAUAAUUGCAGGAUAUAUAAGUACCGAGCCACGCUAAAAGUAUAUUACAAAAAAAAAGACUAAACAGUAAAGGUUAAAAAUGUACAACGACAAAUAAAAGAAACACAUCCUGUAUGUGUUUUUGUUUGACGUUUUUCUUUGUAUCGAUCUGAUGAGUUAAGCCUUUUUCUACUGAUUUUUAUAGAUUGUUCUUAUGUUUUGCUGUUACACAACUGUCCCAGGUAAGGGGGUUGAGCGCUAACAAACAUGUUUAACCGACAGACAAAGCAGCCAAUAAUGUAGUGGUGAUUUGACGCAUAUACAACACGGAAGUUCUCCAAAAACCAAAUUACCAAUUCUUCUACAUUCAUGUCCGUACGCUCCACAGAGAGUCAAAUUGUAAACAAGCAUAUCACUGCCACUAACCAGCUUAAAGCCUCUUCCAAACAUUUGAAAGUCCCGACUGUGUACUGGUUACCUAAAUUACACAAACAACCAUUUGAAUUUCGUUUCAUCUCCGCAUCUGGUAAGUGUUCUUCUACUAAUCUGUCAGUGCUUCUAACUACCUUACUUACUACUAUCAAAGAACUCAUUAUUAACUUUUUUUAAUAAAGUUUUGAACAUAA